CCAAGGAGAAAAAAGAAACUCUCAAACCCAUCCUCCAUUGGUGCAAUUCGAGCUCAAGCAAAGGUAGUCUAAAGAGGGAAGUUUAAAGGAGGAAAAGUGAGGAAAAAGUGUGAAAGAUUAAGGUAAUGACCAUAUAACAAUUUUUUCUCUACCAUAUGACUUAUAUAUCAUACUAGGAACCCCUAGGAUUGUUCUACAUAUUUAGAAGUGUAGAAUGAGGGGUUGGAAGGUUGUUCUAAGUCCAAGAACGGACUUAGAAACCAAAGUGACCGGUUCACCGGAAAAUAACCUUUUAGAGGUUAUUUGUGUUGAUAUGGGUUUUUGUGAUGUUGAAAGAGCUGCCAGAGGUAUUUCCGAAGUUCUUCAAAUCUUGCCGGAGUUUCACCGGAGUUCAACCGAGAGGGGUAGACUUCUUAAAACUCAUUCAAGGUUGAAGCUAGUGCUUGCUACAUGCACCUUUGCACCGGUGAAGAGAAUCUCAAGGAAGACGUGGUUCAUGCUUAUUUUAUUAUUUUGAAACUAUAAACUAUGCUCAUGGAUAUUUUGUAAUGAAUACUUGUUUUGGGCCCGCGAGCCCACAUUUUGCCAUAUGUGGCCCGUGAUAGCUAUUGAAUACUUCCG